AUGGCGCUCGAAUUGCUGCAAAGUCUGCCCCGUCCGACGAUCGAUCGGCCGUUUGGCAUCCACCUAUGGCCCAUCUUCGACAAGGCUUUCGAGCUCGUCGUCGGCUACCCGGCUAGCGAGUUUGAGUUCGUGCAGGGUGUGACGCCGAUGUCCACGUUCAAGGAGACUGCCAUUGCUCUUGUGGUCUACUACAUCAUCAUCUUCGGUGGUCGUGAGGUGAUGAAGAAUCGCCCAGCUUUCAAGCUCAACACGUUGUUCAUGAUCCACAAUUUUUACCUGACCGCGAUCAGUGCAACUCUGCUCGCUCUCUUCAUUGAGCAGCUGCUGCCGACAGUCUGGAGACACGGUAUCUUCUUUGCUAUCUGCGACCACCGCGGUGGAUGGACCCGGCCCCUCAUUGUUCUGUACUAUCUCAACUACCUGACCAAGUACCUCGAAUUGCUCGAUACCGUCUUCCUGUUCCUCAAGAAGAAGCCCUUGACCUUCCUCCAUACCUAUCACCAUGGUGCCACGGCCCUCCUUUGCUACACUCAGCUCAUCGGUUUGACCGCCGUGCAGUGGGUUGUUAUUGAUAUCAACCUUCUGGUACACGUUGUCAUGUACUGGUACUACUUCCAGAGUGCCCGUGGCAUCCGCAUCUGGUGGAAGGAGUGGAUCACCCGUCUGCAGAUCAUUCAGUUCGUUAUCGAUCUUGGCUUCGUCUACUUCGCCUCCUACACUUAUUUCUCGUCCACAUACUUCCCCUGGGCCCCGAACAUGGGCAAGUGCGCCGGAGAGGAGUUCGCCGCUUUCUCAGGCAUUGGCAUCAUCAGCUCCUACCUCUUCCUGUUCAUCUCCUUCUACAUCGCCACCUAUAAGAAGACUGCCAAGACUGGCCGCCCUCGCCGCAACACUGGAAAGCAGUCUCUGGUCGAUAUGAAGAACUUUGAGGUCCCCUCUGUCCACCCCGAUUCUAUCACUGGUGCUCAGUCGAACGGAGCCGCUGUGUCGACCGGCCGGUCCAACGGCCCCGUUACCCGCUCCCGUAAGGCCUAG